AUGACGGAUCUAAUCACUCUAGCAACAUGUUCUCUCAAUCAGUGGGUGUUGGAUUGGGCGGGAAAUCUCAAGAGAAUCCGCAAGAGUAUCAUCUUGGCCAAGGAAGCUGGAGCUACGCUGAGAACAGGCCCGGAGCUUGAGAUUACAGGCUAUGGAUGCCUUGAUCACUUUCUCGAGGCUGAUGUCUAUGAGCAUUCCUUGGAGUCCCUCCUCGCAAUCUUGACUGACACAGAACUCCACGGCAUUCUGAUCGAUGUUGGUCUUCCCAUCAUGCACAGAGGUUGUCGAUACAACUGUCGUGCUAUCAUCCUAGAUGGAAAGCUCCUGUGUCUUCGACCCAAGAUUUUCCUCGCCAACGAUGGAAACUUCAGAGAGAACCGAUUCUUCACCCCUUGGAUGACGCCGCGAUAUGUAGAGCAGUACAAUCUUCCUCCUGCUCUCCAGAAGCACCAAGGUGUUCGUCAGGUUCCUAUCGGUGAUGUUGUUCUGUCGCUCAACGACACUACCGUUGCUGCUGAGACUUGCGAGGAGCUCUUUACUCCUCAGGCGCCUCACAUCAACAUGGCUCUCAACGGCGUCGAGAUUUUUACCAACUCAUCUGGCUCUCAUCACACACUAAGAAAGCUGGACGAGCGCAUUGCCUUGAUUUCCGAAGCAACUCGCAAGAGUGGCGGAGUGUACCUGUACGCCAAUCAGUGCGGCUCUGAUGGAGACAGACUUCUUUACGAUGGCUCAUCCCUCAUCAUGGUCAACGGCUCAAUUGUGGCUCAGGGCUCUCAAUUCAGCAUGGAUGAUGUCGAAGUCGUGACUGCGACUGUUGAUCUUGAGGAAGUUCGCGCUUAUCGAUUUGCUCCAUCUCGAAAUUUCCAGGCCAGGCAAGCGCCUGUUUACGAGAGAAUUGAGGUUGACUUCAGCUUGGGUCAUGAAGAUAUUGAUCUUCUCCGAGCCCCAACACUCCCUAGGGCUCCCAAGUAUCACGUUCCUGAGGAAGAAAUCGCUCUUGGCCCAGCCUGCUGGCUUUGGGAUUACCUGCGACGAAGCAAGACAUCUGGAUACUUGGUGCCACUCUCCGGAGGUAUUGACUCAUGUGCGACAGCAACUAUUGUGUUCAGCAUGUGCCGACUUGUCGUUGAAGCAAUCAAGUCUGGCAACGAGGAAGUGAUUGCCGAUGUGAAGCGGAUUGCUGUGUACUCAGACAAGCUACCAGAAACCCCUGAGGAGUUCUGUAACCAGAUAUUCCACACUGUGUAUAUGGGUAUGGAGAAGCAGAGCAGCAAAGAAACCCGGCAGCGUGCCAAGGACCUUGCGGAGCGUAUUGGCAGUUACCACACUGACAUGAACAUUGAUGAUACAUUCCAUGCCACAAAGAACUUGCUCACUCAAGGCACAGGGUUUGAGCCCAAGUUCAAGGUUCAUGGAGGUUCUGCUACUGAGAACUUGGCCCUACAAAACAUCCAAGCUCGUAGCCGUAUGGUAAUUGCCUAUUACUAUGCCCAGAUGUUACCAACGGUGCGACAGAGACCAGGAGGAGGAAGUCUACUGGUUCUUGGAUCUAGCAACGUUGACGAGUGCCUUCGAGGAUACCUCACAAAGUACGACUGCAGCUCUGCUGAUGUCAACCCCAUUGGAUCCGUUAGUAAGACAGACUUGAAGCGCUUCAUCGCUUGGUCUGCCAAGAACUUUGACAUGCCUAUCUUGGAAGAGUUCAUUCAUGCUAUUCCUACCGCUGAGCUCGAGCCCAUCACUGAAAACUAUGUUCAAAGUGACGAAGCUGAUAUGGGCAUGACAUACGACGAGCUAUCUCGCUUCGGACGUCUGCGCAAAGAGAGCAAACUUGGCCCAUACGGAAUGUUCCUUCGACUUCUUGAGGAAUGGGGCGGCGAGGGCAAACUGACCCCGCGGGAAGUCGCCACCAAAGUGAAGAGAUUCCACGGAUUCCAUUAUAUCAACAGACACAAGCAAGCGGUGGCAACCCCAGCUGUUCAUGUGGAAAACUAUUCCCCAGAUGAUCACAGAUUUGAUCUCCGACCUCUGGUCUAUCCCUCGCCGUGGGAUGGCUGGUCGUUCCAGAAGAUCGACAAGAGGGUUGAGGCUUUGGAGAAGAAGGCUGCGAGUGCUUCGAAAUAG